AAAACUUUGAAGCUGUGGGCCCAGGGGUAUUUUCUCUCCAGUCACCGCCACUGAGCGUCUCACUUGCACUCCCUUCUAUCCGUGUGCGACCGAUAUCUUCCUCAAUUCUUGUCAUCAUGCACAUCGCACAAGCUCAUGUCGACCGUGCAAUUGAGCAGAUCCAGCACAAGAAGCCGCCGCCAGAUAUCGACUUCACUCAGCACGUACUGGAAGAUGGCAACACAAUCAGUACACAAGAGCGGGUCGUCAAAGAUGUGCAAGCACCAGCUAUGGGCGUCCCGACAGAUGCCCAGUUUUUCUCCAGACAAGAUCCCACCAAACCUGACGUAGCGUUCCUCAAGAACCACUUUUACCGCGAAGGUCGUGUCACCGAGGAUCAGGCGAUAUGGAUUUUAGACAAGGCAACUGCACUCCUUCGUGCGGAGCCUAAUGUCCUGCAGGUCGACGCGCCAAUCACAGUUUGUGGCGAUAUCCAUGGUCAAUAUUAUGACCUCAUGAAACUGUUCGAAGUUGGCGGCAGUCCAGCGGACACACGGUACCUUUUCCUCGGGGAUUACGUUGAUCGGGGAUACUUCAGUAUAGAGUGCGUUCUAUAUCUAUGGUCCCUCAAGAUCUGGUAUCCCGAUACCCUCUUCCUUCUCCGUGGCAAUCAUGAAUGUCGGCAUCUUACAGAUUAUUUCACUUUCAAACUUGAAUGUAAACACAAGUACUCAGAGCGCAUCUAUGACGCUUGCAUGGAUUCCUUUUGUGCACUUCCCCUUGCUGCCGUCAUGAACAAGCAAUUCCUAUGCAUCCACGGCGGUCUUUCACCAGAGCUGAACACUUUGGAUGACAUCAGAGCGAUUGACCGGUUCCGCGAGCCUCCGACACACGGGCUGAUGUGCGACAUUCUGUGGUCGGAUCCUGUCGAAGACUUUGGGCAAGAGAAGAUGAACGAAAGCUUCGUUCAUAAUCACGUCCGGGGUUGUUCCUACUUCUUCACUUACCAAGCUGCCUGUCAGUUCUUAGAGCGAAAUAAUCUUCUUUCGAUCAUUCGCGCACACGAAGCGCAAGACGCCGGAUAUCGCAUGUACCGGAAGACAAAAACCACAGGUUUUCCUUCUGUCAUGACGAUCUUUUCUGCUCCCAACUACCUCGACGUGUACAACAACAAAGCCGCCGUCUUGAAGUACGAGAGCAACGUGAUGAACAUUCGGCAGUUUAACUGCACGCCUCAUCCGUACUGGCUACCUAACUUCAUGGAUGUGUUUACAUGGAGUUUGCCCUUUGUGGGAGAGAAAAUCACGGAUAUGCUUGUUGCUGUGCUAAACACUUGCAGCAAAGAAGAACUCGAGGAGUCUGACGAGGAAAAUAUUGUUUCACAAGUAACCCACCACGAAGAAGAAGCGAGAAGAAAGAUCAUCAAAAAUAAGAUCCUUGCAGUUGGACGGAUGGCGCGCGUGUUUGCUCUGCUCCGAGAGGAGUCGGAGAAAGUUUCGGAGCUCAAGAGUAUAUCUGGUUCUAGCAAGUUGCCAUACGGCACGCUAGCGUUGGGCACAGAGGGCAUUAAGGAUGCGAUUUCCGGCUUCGAGGACGCGCGGAAGUCAGACAUCGAGAAUGAACGCCUUCCUCCAGAACUUUUUGAUGCCGAAGAGGCAAAGGCUUUCCUGGCUCAAUCUGGGUCGCUACCGACGACCCCAGCAGACACCGUCGACUCCCCUGUGUCUCCGGGUGGAGCCAGCCCUGGAUUGGAUACUUCCAUGUCGUCUGGAUCACUGACGUCCUUAACCAGUCCCCUGAGCAGUGGACAGAUUGGUUCUCCGCGGACCCCAUUCAACACGCCAUUCAAGGGCAGGCAUGGUCGGCAGGCUUCGCUUGGGACGACGAUGACAAGUCCCUCGACGAGGCGCCGGAGUUUGGAGAGCACGAUUUCGAUGAUCCAGGAAGCACUCGAUGGGAAAGACCUGGAGACUCGUGGGCUUCCUGGAAAUGGUUCAUCUUAUGGGGGUAGUUGAUUGAGAUCGAAGCUCGAUACUGUAUAUCCAUAAUUUUUUUAGUCGCUU